CUUCUCAAUUCUUCAUUAACACGAUUAAAAUUAGAUGAUAAUCGUCAUCAAUCGAAAAAACUUUUUUCUAAUAAUUAUAAAGAAAUUCUUGAUUAUCGUCAUCAUCAAAUAAUAUCACUUCAUUCGUUCGGUGAAAAUACAACUAAAAUUAUUUCAACAAUUCAAUCUAAUCUCUCAUCAUUUCAAUCUCUUCAAUCACUUAUUCUUUAUUGUAUUAAAUCGGAUAUUUUGUCAUCACUUAUUCAUCAAUUAGCUUCUUUACCUAAUUUCUGUUCAUUAACACUUGAUCUAUGGAUUGAAAAACAAAAUUAUACUUAUAUUUAUCAAUUAAUUUUUAAUCUACCAAAAUUAAAAUAUCUGAAAUAUCGAACAAUGGAUACAAAUGAUAUUGAUAUAGUUCUUUCAUUACCAAUAGCAACUGAUCAACAAAAAACAUCAAUUGAAUAUUUUAUUAUGGAUCAUGGUUGUUCUAUUAAAGAUCUUUUUACUUUAUUAUCAUAUACACCAAAUGUUCGUUAUUUAAAAUUUCUAAAUCCUACUGAUGCAAAUAAUUUAUAUACGAUUGAACCAAUUAAAUUAAUAAAUUUAACGAAACUUUCAAUAGAAAUUUAUCGAAUGACAUUUGAUGAAUUUGAAAUUUUUAUUAAAAAAUUCGACGUAAAUUUAAGAAUGUUAUCAUUAGAUAUUAAACAUGAAGAUAUGUCAUAUCUCAGUGCUAAGCGAUGGGAAUAUUUUCUCCAAGGAAAUUUAUCACAAUUAGAAAAAUUUUCUUUUGAACAACUUGUAUAUUUUUCUGAAAAUGAUCAAACACCAAUGUAUUUAGGAGAACAAAAUGAAUUUAAUUCAACAUUUUGGAUUGAACGACGAUGGAUAUUUAAAGUUGAAAAUGAUUUUGAGAAUUUAAUUUAUUCAAUUCAACCAUAUAAAAAGAAAUGGUAUGAAUAUAAUUCGAAAUCAAAUCAAUUAUCGAAAUCGGUUGAAUUUGAAAUAAAUGAUGUAUCACCUGAACAAUGCGUAAAAUCAAUCAGUAUUAAUGAUCAUAUUUAUCAUGCAUUAACUAUUACACAAAUCUAUCAUUUACAAAUUUCAAUGACAAUUUCUCUUGAAGAUUUAUAUAAAAUUUUAGUUCUAUUACCAGAUAUUGAAACAUUAACAUUAUUUCGAUUAUCAUUUACUAACCCAACACAUAUAAGUGAUGAAGAACUUCAACCAUUAUAUUUAUUAUUUCAUGAAAAACAUUUUCAAAAAAUUUCUUUUAGUGAUGUUCAUCAAAUGGCAGAUAUUCAGUUUUUAAUGAUUAUUUGUCUUCAUGUUAAUCAUGUUCAUCUUCAUUGCAAAGAUUAUAAUCAUGCUGAAUCAUUUGUAGGACUUAUAUUAUCUCAUGUUCGAUCAGAAAAAGAUAGUAAACUUCGAUUAUUAUCAUUGACUAUGCCAAAGUUUGCCAAUGAUAUGAUCGAAUAUUUAACUAAAAUAAUUAAAGAAAAUAAAUUACUCGGUGAUUUUAUUAUUGAACAAGUUAAAAAUGAUGUUUAUAUAAAAUGGACAUGA